UGCAGCUGCUGAAAGACAUGGCGCUUUCUGCUGCAUGCCCCAGGGAACAGCUUACUUGAUUAUUUAGAUUCCGAGGAGGAGUUUCUGAACCUGUAAUCAAGCAAAUCACUUCAGAGAUUAUUGAUCACUUUGGGUACUGAACAGAAACAAUUUAAAAAGUUGAGAGCUUCUAUUGUGUUUAUCUUAAUAAAUCCCUAAGUUAGAAAUUGGUGGCAAGAUUCUUGGCACUGUGGGACAUGUCGCAGCAGUUUUGAUUCUGACCGAAUGGUCUUUCCUGCAUCUCUUCUGUGGUUUUGGUGAUACUGGGCCAGUCUGCAAUGUUCUAGGAGCAGUGGCUGGAGAACAUGGGAUCUGGUAGUUCUGUAAACGCCAACUACAAGUACUCCCUGCAGAAGUCUGAAAAUGCUUUCAAGGCAGCCGUCUUGAUCCAACGGUGGUAUCGGCGCUACGUUGCUCGGCUGGAAAUGCGCCGACGUUGCACUUGGAGAAUCUUUCAAUCCAUUGAGUACGCUUGCGAGCAGGAUCAGAUCAAGCUUCACAACUUCUUCAGUUACCUCAUGGACCACUUCACGCCAAGCAGCAGUAAAGAGAGGGAUUUUAUCAGUCGCAUGUUCGUAAGCGGGGAAAGCUUCAAAGAGGCAGAGCUGGAAAAAUACUGUGACUAUGAAUCCAUGGAGGUGCCAGACUCCUACACUGGACCCCGUCUCUCUUUCCCACUCCUUCCUGACCAUGCGACUGCCUUGCUGGAAGCUUUCAAACAGAAACAACAGCUCCACGCUCGCUACGUCUUAAACCUUCUGCAUGAGACCAGGAAGCACCUCAAGCAGUUGCCAAACAUCAGUCAUGUCUCCACCUGCUACAGCGAGGAGGUCACCGUGUGCGGAGACUUGCACGGCCAGCUGGAUGACUUGUUCCUCAUAUUUUAUAAGAAUGGCCUUCCUUCCCCUUCCAAGUCCUACGUGUUCAAUGGGGACUUUGUAGACAGAGGCAAGCAGUCCCUCGAGAUCCUCAUCGUCCUCUUUACCUUCCUCUUGAUCUAUCCAAAGGAGGUUCAUCUCAACCGCGGGAACCACGAGGACCACAUGGUCAACUUACGCUACGGUUUCGCCAAGGAAGUAAUGCAGAAAUACAAGGUGCACGGGAAGAAAAUCUUGAAGAUGAUUCAGAAUGUCUUCUGCUGGCUGCCCCUGGCCACCCUGAUUGAUCAGAAAGUCCUCGUUAUACACGGGGGCAUCUCUGACACCACUGACCUGGACAUGCUUGAGAAAAUUCAAAGGAACAAAUUCCCGUUGCAGAUUAAAUCCAUGUACUCUACUUUUUGCGAAAUGUCUGAGCAGCAUAAAGUCAAUGAAGAAAAGCCCCGGCCGGCCCAGGCUCCCAGCAUGGCCAACAGGCUGGAGUUCUCCAGGUGGGUCCGGCAGACGGUGCAGGAGCAAAUCGAGUGGUGCCGCCGGCUGGUGGACAUCAGCGAGUCGGAGGAGGAGGAGCUCACCUAUUCCAGCGUGGUCUCCCUGACGGAUCUGGACGGGCCGUGCUGGACUCGCCAGGAGGAGUGGAAGCAGAUUUUAGACAUUCUCUGGAGUGACCCCAUGCCUCAGGAGGGCUGCAGAGUAAAUACGGUGCGAGGUGGCGGCUGCUACUUUGGGCCUGACGUGACAGGGAAGAUCCUCGAGAAGUACAACCUGCAGUUCCUCAUCCGCUCCCACGAGUGCAAGCAAGAGGGCUACGAGUUCUGUCACAACCGGAAGGUGCUGACCAUAUUUUCAGCCUCAAACUACUACGAGAUUGGCAGCAACAGGGGAGCCUAUGUGAAGCUCGGACCGGACCUCGUCCCCCAUUUUGUUCAGUACCAAGCGAACAAGACAGCCCACACUCUCACUAUGACCCAAAGAAUCAGCAGAGUAGAGGAGUCAGCCUUUCGAGCCUUGCGGGAAAAGCUCUUUGCUCACACCUCAGCCCUCAUCAGCGCGUUCAAGGCCUACGAUAAGGACGACACGGGAAGGAUCACGCUGAGCAACUGGGCGACGGCAGUGGAGUCAGUCUUGCACCUGGGAUUGCCCUGGCGAAUGCUGAGACCGCAGCUGGUGCGCAGCACGGCGGACGGCAUGCUGGAGUACAGGUCCUGGCUCGACGACUUGGCUGUGGAGCAGCGGAGCCAAGAGCACAUCCAGUCGAGCUUGCUGGAGGUCAUUUAUCGAAACAGAUCCAACUUGGAAACCAUAUUCAGGAUCAUAGACAGAGAUCAUUCAGGUCUCAUCUCAUUUGAGGAAUUCCACCAAACCUGGAAGCUCUUCAGCUCCCACAUGAACAUUGAACUCACGGAUGACAGCAUCAACGACUUAGUUCGCAGCAUUGAUUUCAAUAAGGAUGGAAACAUCGACUUCAACGAGUUCCUAGAAGCCUUCCGCCUUGUCAAACAGUCACAGUAGCGAGAACCCGGGGAGGGUUGCCACGUCCAAUGCCUUGACUGUCUGCAAAGGCAGGGGAACCGCUUCCUACCUAACUGCAGAGCGUGCCCGCAGAUGCGAAGCAGGGAAAGGGAAGGCGGGUACCUGUAGCACUUUAUUGGUUGAAAACAGCGACC